AUGUAUCCUUUGUGCAUAACUACAACUGAUAAAAGCGUUGAUACUUGUGUAUCUCGUGAAAGGUGUAUUGAAGGAGGAUUUUUGCAAAUUGGUUACAUAAAACAAACAAAUGCUAUGGAAACAGUAGUGAGUGGAGACUUAGCUUCUUCAAGUUGUGGCAAUGUCGUUGUUGUGUUCGAAAACGACACAAAUAUGGUUAUAUCAGAUAAGAACCAAAAAGAGGUUGUUGUUGAUCAAGUUUACAAGGACAAAGAUACACUGAAGGCUGUUAUGGCGUAUUAUGCAAUUUCCAACAGGUUCAAUUUUCGUGCCGAGAGGUCAAAUGCGAUAAGUUAUACACUAGUAUGUGUGUCUGAAGAGUGUGAUUGGAAAUUUAGGGCAUCGAGCGUUGGUAAAUCAGAAAUGUUCAGGGUUAGGGAGUUUCGUGACAAGCAUACAUGUCCGCUAAAAGAUAAGGUGUAUUCACAACGCCAUGCGACAAGUUGGUUUACAGGUGGAAUUGUAAAACCAAAAGUAGCCAACCAUAAGAGGAAAUACACACCUAAUGAUAUAGCGGAGGAUGUAAGAAAUGAUCUUGGAAUGGAUGUGUCCUAUAUGGUCGCUUGGUGGGCUAAGGAAAAAGCAAUGAAGGAUUUAAUGGGUGAACCAUCGGAUUCUUACAAAAAAUUACCUGGGUACCUAUACAUCUUGGAUAAAACGUAUCCAGGUUCACAUAUAAGAAUGCGAAAAUCCGACGAAAACGAGUUUCUGUAUCUGUUUAUAGCAUUGUAUGCAUUCAUCAAAGGGUUUGAUUGUUGUAGGCCAAUUGUUGUAGUUGACGGGAGCCACCUCAAAAUAGCAUACAACGGAACAUUUGUUUCAGCAAGCACGUUAGACGGUGCAGGUAAUAUACUUCCUUUAGCAUAUGGUGUGAUAGAUUCAGAAAAUGACAGGUCUUGGACGUUGUUCUUUGAGCGAUUCAGGGAAGCGUAUGGUGUGAGAGAUAACAUGUGUAUUGUUUCCGAUAGGCAUGAAAGCAUAAACAAAGCUGUUUCUAGAAUCUAUCUGAAUGUGCCACAUUAUGCAUGCAUAUGGCAUCUUUGGGGUAACGUAUGUAAGAAGUAUAAGAAGAGCCAUGAUGUGUUGAGUCCCGUGUUUUAUGCAAUGGCAAAAGCGUACACGCAGGAAGAUUUUGAUGAGCUUAUGGGAAAAGUUGAGAAGGCAGAUUUUCGGGUGGCAGAGUAUUUGGAAUUGGCUGGAAGAGAGAAGUGGGCUAGAGUGUAUGCAACUGCUAACUGA